CUCGGCCAAGAACAAGGAGAAAAUCGAAGAGAAGGAAAGAGAAAGCAAAGGGCAAAAAAAUGGGAGAAAGCAAACAAAUCCCUCCUCAGCAGUUCGAUCUGAAUGCAAAGUGGGACGCUUGUAUGGAUUUGACUGUCCGCCGAUUCGUUUACUCCUCUUUUGCCGGUGCCUUCGGUGGUCUCCUUCUCUUCAGGAGUCCUGUGACACGCUGGGCAGCAGUAACUUUUGGUGCUGGGAUAGGUCUUGGAUCUGCAUACACAGAGUGCUCUUACAAGUUUGAUGGAUCACCUGCAAAGUUGGCCACCCCUAAGAUUUCUGAUACUCCCACUUCUCCGGAUGGACAGGACUGAGAUGUGGAAGUUAUUGAAGUGCCCUCAAGUUUUUGGGAUCGAAAUCAGAAGUUCAGAUUAUUUUUUGCCUUUCCCCCGCUUGGUUUUUAUCCAUGUAUUGCCAAGAUUGUUCUGGAUGAUUAAUAAAUUAACCAGAUGUACUGGAAGUUUUUUGUGAACCAUAUUACCUUUUGUUAUGUAAUUGUAAUACUAAUUGAGGCUUGGGUUUAAAAAAAAUUUAAAAAAAAAAAAAAAAAA